AUGCCGAUACAGCGUGCUGGUGUCAAUGGGAAAGAUGAGGACGUUCCUCUUCCGGCGGUAGAAGGCCAGCCACGACAGACGGUUCAAAUGACGAACCUCGCGUGGGCUCUCCACAUCGUCAAGCUCAAAAUCCAAGAGAUGAUCUUUCAUGGACGAAAAACAGACAAAUGUGGGGUGAUCCUAGCAGGCACUGACGGCACCAAGAAUUUUAUUAACGACCAAAGGCCGGAUGAAUAUCAUAAUGUCACCGAGUACAUCCCAAUCGCACAGCCGACACCUGACACACUUGCCAAAAUUUCGCGGAUAUCACCUUCGAACCAGGACUCUUGUGAUACGUUGGAGGGCGUUAUUGUCGCCCUCGAUGCUCAGAAUCGAGAGCUCGGUUCAAAGGCAACUUGGACUCGGAAGUUGAUCGUGGUCACUGAUGGAGAGCAUCCAAUCCAACAAGAAGGAUACAAGGACGUUAUACAGGCCAUGAACGACGCCAAGGUCAAGACAAGCAUAGUGGGUAUCGACUUCGACGAUGAGGAGCGAGGAUAUGUUUACAAAGAGAAAUCAGAGACGAAGAGCCUCAUCGAGCGAUGGUGGAGGGAAAAAUUUGUCAAGAGACUCGACGAUGGUAUUGUUAUCAACUGUGACUUUGCUCUGCAAGAAUGUGCGCGUCCAGAGGUCAAGGAAGUCCGCUCCACGCUAUCAAACACCGUCCUGCGGUUUGGAGAUAUGGAGAUGAACAAGGAUCAGUCUUUUGAACUCAGAGUGCGGACCAGUAAAGCGACGUCUAUCGCACGUCCACCACCCCUCAAAAAAUUUGCUCGGGCACGCGUCGAGAACACCAUGGAAUGGGAGUCACAGGGUGUCGACAGAACAACAACACCAUUCGUGCAAGUAAAACAUAGGACCGACUUUUUCAUCAAGGCAGACCCUUCGACGGACGCCGCUGCCCAUAGCUCCUCGAAUGGACGAUUUGGAAUAGGCUCUGGUCUCCAGUCCAACGCUUCCGAGGCGCCACCUAAAAUGGAAGAUGUUCAAGACGUUAAAUUGGAGAUCGACGAGGAUGGAGUUCCACUCGACCUGCAGCCACUGGCGAUGCGCAACACAGAGACGAAACCUGAACCGGUAGUGACUGUCAAUGAUGAAAAUACUCAAAUCGCCUAUAAAUACGGCUCAACGUACAUUCCCGUAGACAAGGCCGACUUUGAAACUCUUCAAACGGUAAAAGGGCUCGAUAUCCUGGGCUUUAUUCCUCAGCAUAAGUUUCGGCGCGAAUGGUCGAUGGGAGAAGUUUACUAUAUCUGGGGAGACGAUCAAUCUGGCAAGAUGCAACUUGCAUUCUCAUCGAUUGUCCGGGCCAUGGCGCAGGAAGAGCUCUGCGCUAUCAUACGAAUGGUGACCUUGAACAACUCGGCUCCUAAAGUCGGUAUAGCGGUACCCCGCAUCCUUGAGAAGGCAGAUUGCUUGCUUUGGAUGCCCUUUGCAGAAGAUAACAGAAACUUUGCGUUCCAAUCGCUGACCAGGCUCUACAACAAGAAGGGCAAACAAAUUACAGAUCACCCUAAUAUCCCCACGGAUGGGAUGAUUGAAGUCAUGGAAAAAUAUAUCGAUUCAAUGGAUCUAAUGCAAAUUGAGAAGGACGAGGAAGGGAACCGUUAUCCGUGGUUCGACACUCUAUAUUCAUACAAUCCAGCCCUGCACCGAGUCAAGCAAGCGCUAUUCCACGCCGCAGUAGCAGAUUCGCUCGCAACAGAUCCCCUCCCGCCACCUCACCCCGAUCUUCUCAACUAUUUCGACUGGCACCCAAAGGUUGCCAAGCGCUCGAAAGGUGCUAUAGAAGAAUGUCGGAAGAGACUCAAGAUCAAACACGUACCUCCAAAGACUGCGGGUGCCCGCAAUGAGGCUCCGCUUGUGGAAGGCAGAGAGGAAGCGCCAUUGCUACAAGGACCCGCUCCUCCCGUCCGCAAGGAGCUCAUGGCUCCUAGCCCGUCCAAGGCGCAAGCACGUGAAGGUGAUUCAGACACCGAUGCUACAGAGGAUGAAGAAGAGGCACCAGUUCUAGUGAGAACUGAAGAUGCUGAAGUUGCGCCACUGGACAACGUGAAAGCUUCUCCGUCUAAGCGGGAUGUCGACCUCAACCACGUCAAACAAUCUCCCCAAAAGUCCGAUAUUCAUUUCAAAGAUGAAGAGGAAGAUGAAGCAGUCGUGGUUAUUGGGACUGUACAUCCUUUGGAAGACUUCAGAGCGGCACUGGCGAGCGAUGAUGAUGUGGUUUCUGAAGCAGUCUCUCAGUUGGCGGAUGUCAUCAAAUCAUUGGCCGUAGAAGGCAAGUUCCCCAAUAAGAGGAAGAAUGAGCUUUUGGAAGCCAUGGCUGCCUUGCGAGAGACAUGUUUGAAGGAAGAUGAAUUUGAUCAAUGGAACAAAUUCUUGCAGGAACUCAAGGAUAUAUGCCUGUCUUCUAAGCCCGGAAACAAACCCUUUUGGGAGCUAGUCAGGUCAAAAGGGCAAACGAUGACUUUGAUCGGGAAGUCGGAGGCUAUUGCUGCGGGUGCCAAGGCAAAAGCUGCGCGAGAUGCGGCCAAAGAUGCUACAGCACAGAAGUUCUUUGACGAGGAUUAG